UUCCUCUCUCUCUCUCACCUCCUUUUAGGUUCCUUGGAGACCCACCUCACCUUCUCCUCUCUCUCCUCCCCUGCUCCCUGUCAAGCAGUACAAUCUCUCGGUGCAAAGAUUCAGCCUGCUGCCUGCUCUUCUUGCUGCAGCAGCUCGAUUCUUGGUUGCAUUCUGCAGCAGCACGGCAGCACCUCGAUCUGCUCCUCCGCCAGAUUCGAUUGAUGUGGUGUGCUCUUGGAGCCAGGAGCUCUGAUUCGGCGGCCGCUCCCCGUGCUCCGAUCCCCGACUUUGAUGAGGCCCUCGCAUUGUGAGAGCCACUGCGCCGCUCCCUUCCGCUACAUCCCCUGCCUCCUCAAAUCCAGAGAUGCGAGCAGCGAUGCUGCCUCCGCGGCGGCGCGGCGCCCGGCCGCCGUCGCAGAGGAGGAGCCGCCUCCGGUUCAGAAGAUUGAGGUGGCGGUAGCCGGGAAGGACGGCGACGACGACGAUGAGAAGCGCGAGGGUGGUGAGAAGGCGGCAGUGGCAACGGCAGCGGCGCCGACGAAGAGUAGCCUGAAGAAGGACAACUGCGGCGACAGCAAGUGCGCCGCGAAAGGCAAUGUGAAGUGGCUGGAUUUGCUGGGGAAGGAUCUGACAGCGGUUAAGGAAUUCGAGCCAAGUGAAUGCGGAGACUCACUUGACGAUGGAGACGACAUCUCGACAUGUGCUUGCGUUAUCCAAUGAGUCAAGAAGAGUCCUGUAAAUUCCGUGAAAAGAAAGUGUGGUUCGCAUCAACCAUGAUUUGUUCUUUCCAGUGGAGUGCCAGGGUGUUUUGUUGCUUCCUCCAUGAGCUCCAUCGAAGAUGCCGAACCAUUUGUUGUGUUUUACCAGUCUCAUCAGUACAUGUCAUUAUAGAUGCUGAGUAGCCUAGCCGUAGGUCUGUACCAUUUUAUCAGGUAUGUAUUUGGGUGCGUGUGCAGCAGGUUUUCUAAGUGGUACAUUAGUUAUCUAGUGCAGACAGUGUUGCUUUUGUAAAGUUUUUAUAGAAGAGAAUAUUACCUUAGUACAAUCGCAUCAACGUAUAAAUUGGAAAAUAUCAUCUGAUGCCAGAAUGACAUGUGGGCCAGGGCCACAUGCCAGUGACACAUUGGAUGGUAUCCUGGUAAU